AUGCUCAAACUGAAGAAUCAUGAUAUUGAAGGACAAUGGGGAGUUGGAACCGACGGUGAAGAAGUUGAAAUUGAGACCGAGCAUGAAGAGGAAGAAAUUGAAGAUGAGGCUGAAACCUUAAAAGUUUCAAAUGCCGAAUUGGGCUUUGUGGCAAGGAGAGUGUUGAGUGUAUACCAGGAUGAGGAUCAAGUUCAAAGAGAAAACAUCUUCCAUAUCCGACUUGAAAUUCAUGUUAAACCACAAGACAAUGCCGAGAGGGAAGCCCUUUUGGCUCUUAAGGCUUCCCUCAACAAUCCUUUACUAAAUAAUAACUGGACUGGUUCUCAUUGCUCCAUCAACGAGCCAUCCAGGUGGUUCGGAAUCCAAUGUCUUAAUGGCCGAGUCAUCUCCAUAGUACUGGAAAAUAUUGGAUUGACAGGGAAAAAUGGAUUGACGGGUCCAAUCCCAGAAUUUAACCAGUCAACCUUAAAAUCAUUCAACCUCUCGAACAACAAUCUCACUGGUCCAAUCCCGGGAACCCGCGCAAUUCAAUCAUUCACGGCUGAUUCGUUUUCUAACAACCCUGGAUUGUGUGGGCCACCAUCUUCCAUUACCUGCAGCUACGAUUUAAAAAGCGACACAGCUCAAGGCCCUGAUGAUGAUCAUGAUAAAAAAUCCAACAAUGAUAAGAAUUCUUUCCAGCGUAAUUUUUCUCAGUACCUUUUGAUUUUUGAUAUUAUCGGUCUCUUAAUCAUUAUUUUGCUAUUCAUUGCAUACUAUAAGAAAGUCCGGAAACUAAAAACGAUGAUGAAGGAUGGUCAGGAUACAGAAAGAAGUAGAGAACAUGAUCAGGAAGAGAAAAUAUUGAUAGAAGAAGAAGAAGAAGAAGAGAGGAACAGAUCAGUAUCAUCAUCUCAGGCGGUAGCUGGAGGCCAUGACCAGGAGAGAGGGAAGCUAAUAUUUAUGGGUGGUCAUGAAGUGGGGUUCGAAAUGGGUGAUUUACUAAAAGCUUCGGCUGAAGGGUUGGGAAAAGGUAUUUCUGGAAAUAGUUACAAGGCCAUGAUGGAUGGGAAACCAGCUGUUGUGGUUAAGAGGCUAAGGGAUUUGAAACCUUUGAGCAGUGAGGAAUUUACUAGGCAGUUGAUGAUGAUAUCUAAUCUCAAACACCCUAAUGUGCUGCCUCUUCUUGCUUAUUACCAUUCCAAGGAUGAGAAGCUUUUGAUAUUCAGAUAUGCAGAGAAAGGAAACUUGUUCAACCGCCUUCAUGAUGAUAGAGGAAGUAGAAAUCGAAUUCCGUUCCGCUGGAGCUCAAGAUUAUCUGUGGCUCGUGGCGUUGCAAGAGCCUUGGAAUAUCUUCACCUAAACAGUACCUCGCUCGCUGGUGCUGUUCCUCACGGCAAUCUAAAGUGCUCCAACGUUCUUCUCACCGAAAACGACAUCGUUGUCGUCUCUGACUAUGGCCUUGCUUCUCUGGUCGCGCUUCCCAUAGCUUCGCAACGAAUGGUUUCCUACAAAUCUCCCGAGUAUCAAAUUGCCAAAAGGGUAUCCAAAAAGUCCGAUGUUUGGAGCUAUGGUUGUCUUCUUCUAGAACUUUUGACAGGGAAAAUCUCGGCCUACACGGCUCCUCCGGGUGUCAAUGGCGUUGAUAUCUGUAGCUGGGUGCACAGAGCAGUGAGAGAAGAAUGGACGGCGGAGAUUUUCGACGGCGAGAUGUCGGUGAGCAGAACUGUGGCCGCACAUGGAAUGUUGAGACUACUACAAAUAGCAAUGCGUUGUUGCGAUAAGUCGCCGGAGAAGCGGCCUGAGAUGACAGAGGUGGUAAGGGAGGUAGAUAAUAUAAGGGCUAUUGAAUCUGAAGAUGAAGACGACUUGUCGUUUGAUAGAUCUUUGACCGAUGAUUCUAUGUCUACCGUUGCAUCGGGGAUCGUAGGUGAUGAAAGAUAG